AUGCACGCAUCUGCUAUCAGUGUACCUGUUCCUCAAGAUAAUAUACAAGAAAUGGAAAUUAUGCGCUACGAAAAGCCUACCUCAAGCUCAGCUCUCAAGUUCUCCAUGCCUUUCUAG